ACAUAUCGAGAGAGCUCACAUACAUUUUAAUGGAGUUUUUGAAGCUGUUCCAAGCUUUUUUCAGUUCACUCAUUGUGGCUUUUUCUCUCUAUUUGUUCUUGAGAAUGUUAUUCUCUUGCUGGAUUCUGCCCAUCCUUGUUUACGAUAAGCUGGGAAAGAAUGUGUUUGGGGGUCCGACCCCAACUUUUCCUCUGGGAAAUAUUAGAGACAUGAAAACCGUUAGUAAGAAGAAUAUGAAAGAUGACUCUUCUUCUUCUUCAACUAUCUCCCAUGAUAUACACUCCACUGUGUUCCCUCACUUCUCCCGGUGGCAAAAAUCUCAUGGAAAAGUGUUCAUCUACUGGCUGGGAACUGAGCCAUUUUUGUAUAUUGCAGAACCCGAUUUCCUUAAGAAGAUGUCAUCGAAAGUACAGGGAAAAUUCUGGGGAAAACCCAAUGUGUUCAAACACGAUAGGAAGCCUAUGUUCGGGAGUGGAUUGGUGAUGGUUGAAGGAGAUGAUUGGGUUCGCCAUCGCCAUGUUAUUUCUCCUGCAUUCUCUCCACCCAACAUGAAGGCCAUGGUAAGCUUGAUGGUGGAACCGGCCACAAAGAUGCUCCGAAGGUGGACAACCCUAAUAAAUUCCGGUAAACCGGAGAUCGACGUCGAAAGAGAUAUCUCAACAAUGGCGGGGGAGAUCAUUGCUAGGGCAACCUUCGGGUUGAGUUGCGGAAACGGGAGUCAAGUGUUUGAGAAACUGAAAGCCAUGCAGAUCACGCUCUUUAACUCCAACCGCUAUGUGGGUGUUCCUUUCAGCAGGUGGCUUUUUCCCGAGAAAAUCUUGGAAGCCAAAAAACUUGGUAAGGAAAUCGACCAGCUAUUCAUGUCGGUCAUAGAAGAUCAUGUUGGGAAGAAGAAGAAGAACAAGUGUUUGGAUGAGGCGUACUUGGUCGGGUACAUGAUGGAAGGGAAGAGGUUUAGCGGAAGGUAGGUUAUUGACGAGUGCAAGACUUUCUUCUUCGGUGGCCAUGAAACCACUGCACUGUUACUCACAUGGACGUUGCUGCUUUUGGCCAUGCAUCCACAAUGGCAAACCUUAUUGAGGGACGAAAUUACACAA